AUAAAGAACAAUGAAUACAAAAUAAAUAAAUAAAAUACACACGAAGCAAGAGAGUUACUUCCGCAUACUUCCGUUUUUACAUAACCCUGAUAAAAUAACGUAUUAUAAGCGUAUUACGUGUAUUUUUUAAUGAAAUUCUUAAUGUCAUUAGUAUUUUAACAUAAAUAAAGCUAACGUCCGGUGCUCUACUCGCCUAGUUUACAAAACUAUUGCUACUGGUUACGUCUUUUGUUUAUUUUUUGGUAAAGGGCUGUUACUGACAUAAAUUUGUUUAAAAUGUUAAAUCUUUUUUUUUUUUUCAAAUUUAGCUUUACGAAACGGUUCCUUGUUUGUAUUUUUUAUUUAAUUUAAUUCCUUGUUUCUAUGUUUUUAUUAAUGUAAAACAUGUAUUAACACUUUUGUACUGUACCUGCCAUUUACAAAUAAAGUUUUUGAAAAACAAAAAAGUCCGGAAGUGAUCGUUUCCACGCUGUUUUGCACUUUUUUAAACUGACCGUCCUUCCGAGGUGUUUUCAUGUCGCUUCCUCUAAGAAAUGCCUCGCUAUUGUGCCGUGAAAGCCUGCAGAAACCGAGGGGGAACUUCGUCCAGACAAGACCUCAAGAGAAUUAGCUUUUAUCCGUUUCCCUUACAAGACAAGUCCAGGCUCCAGAAAUGGGUCGGAAACAUGAACCGGAGAGGCUGGACUCCAAGUCGACAUCAGUGUCUGUGCAGUGAGCAUUUCACACAGAGCUGCUUUGACAUCCGCUGGGGAAUCCGGUACUUGAAGCAAACAGCGAUCCCCACUAUUUUUCCUGCAGCUGAUAAUGACGGUGAAAAAAACCUCAACACAAACAUACAAAGCCCUACAAUCGCAUCCCAUAUAUCAGAAGUUAUUAUUGAGCCCAAAGAAUCGUCUUUUUAUAGCAGCACACCUCUUAUUUUGAGUAAUUCAUGGAAACCAGCUCAAAGAAAGAAUUCUCCAGAACCUUCAGAGACAGGAGAGCUCCCUCUGGUGUUGAGAACCGGUAUUAUUUUCCAAACAGAGGAGGACAAUAGGAUGCUAGCAGGACCCGAUCCAAAGCAGCAUCCCUCUAAUAAACUCAAUUCUGAAGUGCAGGCGGACUCUGCUGUAGACGAGCUUUGUUGUGAUGCCGAGGACGCAGACUUAACAGACACAGCGGCUUCUUUUUUCGAGAAAAACUCAACUGUCUGCCUCUCUGAGGGAAGGACGCCAUCCAACGGGAACCACGUUUCGGUGGAUGAGCACUCCUACUGUAGAGCGGAGGACACGGAUAAAGAUCAUUUGUGGUGCAAAGUCUUGUGUCUGAACGCCAAAAUCUUGGAGCUGGGCCGCAGGGAGCAGAGCACGGUGGCGAAAAUCCAGGCACUGGAGAAAGAGAUCGCUCUGCUGCAGAGGGACGCUAACAGACGAAUUCAGAAGAUUCACACAACUUUUUAAAAGAAUUGUCAGAGAGUCAAAUUUCUUGUGUUGUAAAUUAAAUAAUAACUUUCACACUUUCAAAAAGACUCAUAAGUGUUCUAAUGACAAACUUCAAUAUUUAAACCUAAAAAUAAAAUAAAAAAUUAUAAUAAUGUGAAAAUAAGAGGAUUUGUGUUGCAAAUACGUGUUGAAAUAAGGGAAGAUAUUUGAGAUGGCUUUAAUUUACUAAAAAAAAA